GGCGGCCACACCAUCGGUAGGGGCCACUGCAGCUCCUUCGUUAACCGUCUCUACCCCACACAAGACCCCACCAUGGACGAGACUUUUGCCAAUGAUCUCAAGAGCAUCUGCCCCUCCAACACCACCAACAGCACCACCGUGAAUGACAUUAGGAGCCCUAACAAGUUCGACAACAAUUACUACGUUGACCUCGUGAACCGGCAGGGGCUGUUCACUUCUGACCAAGAAUUGUACACGGAUAGCCGGACAAGGGAAAUUGUGGAGAGCUUUGCCGCUGAUGAGACUCUAUUCUUUGAGUCGUUCGUGCGUGGUAUGAUUAAGAUGGGGCAGCUGAGCCUGUUGACUGGGAAACAAGGUGAAAUUCGUGCAAACUGCUCAGUGAGGAAUUCCGAUAAUCAGUACUUGGUGACUGUGGUGGAAGAGGAAGUGGAGGAGGUCUGGUCUGAGUUGAAAUGAGGGUUGGUUUAAUUAGUUGUUUAAUGAAUGUUGUUGGCCAAAAUAAAUUUCUGGUUACGUAAAUGUAAUCUGUCCGUCACAUUGAAAAAAUAGACAUGCAAGUUAAAUACUCCUAGCCUUCUUUGUGUUGGGAUUUUGAGUUUGAGAAGGCAACACUGGGGAAGUUCUUCAAAAUUAAAAAGGACAUGUUCUG